AUGGCUGAGGAUUUAACCCAGCAACUCUGGAAGGACAUCGGAGACUGCGAGUGUUUCUCACUGCAGUUGGACGAAUCUACGGACAACCUGGCGUCAGAGCUGGAGAUGCAAGGGAAGGCCUGUGUGCAACUUGACAGUGCGCGCUACACAGAGCAGAUUGACAAUUUGGAAGAGGAGAUUUUGACACUGCAAGCCGACAUUGAGCUGAAGUCCAGAGCUCAUGGACAGUUCUGGAACUUACUCACAGAGGUGAAGUACCCCAACAUCAGGAAAUGUGCUACCUCCUUGACUGCAUUAUUCGGCUCCACUUAUUUAUCAGAGGUCUCAGAGGUCCAGGCUCAGGUCUCAGAGGUCCAGGCUCAGGUCUCAGAGGUCCAGGCUCAGGCUCAGGUCUCAGAGGUCCAGGCUCAGGUCUCAGAGGUCCAGGCUCAGGCUCAGGUCUCAGAGGUCCAGGCUCAGGCUCAGGCCUCAGAGGUCCAGGCUCAGGCUCAGGUCUCAGAGGUCCAGGCUCAGGUCUCAGAGGUCCAGGCUCAGUUCUCAGAGGUCCAGGCUCAGGCUCAGUUCUCAGAGGUCCAGGCUCAGGUCUCAGAGGUCCAGGCUCAGGCUCAGGUCUCAGAGGUCCAGGCUCAGGCUCAGGUCUCAGAGGUCCAGGCUCAGGUCUCAGAGGUCCAGGCUCAGGUCUCAGAGGUCCAGGCUCAGGUCUCAGAGGUCCAGGCUCAGGUCUCAGAGGUCCAAGCUCAGGUCUCAGAGGUCCAAGCUCAGGUCUCAGAGGUCCAGGCUCAGGCUCAGGUCUCAGAGGUCCAAAAGCAGUCCACUCUGUAUGAAGCCGCUGCUCCAACUGUCCAUAAGGUCCCCGCAGACAUCCGCCUGGCCUCCAUCUGCUCCACCACUCUGCGUGUGGACCAGUCCAUCCUGACGGGGGAGUCCGUGUCGGUGCUCAAACACACCGACCCGGUCCCAGACCCCAGAGCCGUCAACCAGGACAAGAAGAACAUGCUCUUCUCUGGCACAAACAUCGCAGCGGGACGGGCCAUCGGCGUCGUCGUGGCAACCGGAGUCCAGACGGAGAUCGGGAAAAUCAGAGAUGAGAUGGCAUCAACAGACCCUGAACGCACCCCUCUGCAGAAGAAGCUGGAUGAGUUUGGAGAACAGCUCUCCAAGGUCAUCAGUGUGAUCUGUGUGGCAGUGUGGGCCAUAAACGUGGGCCACUUCAACGACCCAGUGCACGGCGGCUCCUGGCUGCGAGGAGCAGUGUACUACUUCAAGAUUGCGGUGGCUCUGGCUGUGGCCGCAAUCCCUGAGGGUGAGUGUGGGGACCGGGAGGGUGAGUGCAGGGACUGGGAGGGUGAGUGCGGGGACUGGGAGGGUGAGUGCGGGGACUGGGAGGGUGAGUGCGGGGACCGGGAGGCUGAGUGCGGGGACCGGGAGGCUGAGUGCGGGGACCGGGAGGCUGAGUGCGGGGACCGGGAGGCUGGCGGUGCGGGGGACCGGGAGGCUGAGUGCGGGGACCGGGAGGCUGAGUGCGGGGACCGGGAGGCUGAGUGCGGGGACCGGGAGGCUGAGUGCGGGGACCGGGAGGCUGAGUGCGGGGACCGGGAGGCUGAGUGCGGGGACCGGGAGGCUGAGUGCGGGGACCGGGAGGCUGAGUGCGGGGACCGGGAGGCUGAGUGCGGGGACCGGGAGGCUGAGUGCGGGGACCGGGAGGCUGAGUGCGGGGACCGGGAGGCUGAGUGCGGGGACCGGGAGGCUGAGUGUUGGGAAGUGUUAUACAGAGAAGAAAUACAGACAGACACAUACUUGAAGGAGCUACUGUACGAUAGACAUUUCCUAACCUCACAUUCUGGAGACAUACCCCUGUCCCAUGGCUCAUUACCUCCCCCUCUCCCCUCUCCGCCUCUCCCCCUCUCUCCCCCAGGCCUCCCCGCUGUGAUCACCACCUGCCUGGCUCUGGGCACCAGGAGGAUGGCCCGUAAGAACGCCAUCGUGCGCAGUCUGCCGUCGGUGGAGACUCUGGGCUGCACCUCCGUCAUCUGCUCCGACAAAACCGGGACUCUGACUACCAACCAGAUGUCUGUCUGCCGGAUGUUUGUGGUGGAGGCGGCGGCCGGAGACCAGUGCAGUCUGAGCGAGUUCAGCAUAACUGGAUCCACUUACGCUCCAGAGGGAGAAGUGUACAAAGAUGAAGCGAUGGUGAAGUGCAGUCAGUACGAGGGGCUGGUGGAGCUCGCCACCAUCUGUGCUCUGUGCAACGACUCCUCCCUGGACUACAACGAGUCCAAAGGUCUGUUUGAGAAGGUGGGAGAGGCCACAGAGACUGCCCUCUGCUGUUUGGUGGAGAAAAUGAACGUCUUCGACACAGACCUGAGAGGACUGAGCCAAUCAGAGAGAGCUACAGCCUGCUGCUCGGUGAUAAAGCAGCUGAUGAAGAAGGAACUGACCCUGGAGUUUUCCAGAGACAGGAAGUCCAUGUCUGUGUUCUGUUUGUCCAAUAAACUCAACCGCUCCAUAACGGGCUCCAGGAUGUUUGUGAAGGGAGCUCCAGAGAAUGUGCUGGAGCGCUGCACUCACCUGCGUGUGGGUGGCUCUGGCCGCGUGCCCAUGAGCAAAGCACUGAAGGAGCAGCUGCUGUCCACAGUGAGGGAGUGGGGAUCAGGACGAGACACUCUCAGGUGUCUGGCCAUGGCCACGAGAGACACCCCCCCAGACAUCAAGUCUCUCAACCUGGAGAACUCUGCCGGCUUUGUGGACUACGAGCGCAAGCGGGAGCACUCCGGGUCAUACAUGCCGCACCUCACAGCGUCUAGUGCCUGA